GAGCAGCAAAUGGCGCAUCUCAAGGAGGAGCAAAUGCCUCAUUCAGGGAUACAUCAGAGUGCCUAACUAAGCAAUUGGUGCUUUCUGGAGGCACACAAAUGGCGCGCACCUCAUACCAUUCAUUAUUUUCCCUCUGCAAGUUGCAACUACAUAAAUAGCUCCCUGUACCGGGAUCCUCAUUCUAAAGCUGUGCGAGCAUGGUUGCCUCAACUAUCACAAAGAUCAUGGCCUUCCGUCCUGUAUCUACCGUCCUCCUCGCCCUUACAUCCAUGAUUCGGCAGCCAGUCACUGGCUCGCUUGCAGAUGCGGGCUCGGACUCGGACCAUGUUCCUUCUCUGCUGGAUACCUCAAUCACCGAGCUUGCCAUGCUGCUCGACACAGGUCGCUUGACCAGUCACGACCUGACACAGCUCUAUAUUGACCGCAUCGUUGAGGUCAACGAUGAAUUCCAUGCAGUCAUCGAGAUCAAUCCUUGUGCCUUGGCCAUCGCCACCGAGCUUGACAGGCAGCGCGCUGCAGGACUUGCCAAAGGACACCUUUUUGGGAUCCCCAUCUUGGUCAAGGACAACUACGGCACUACGGACAGUAUGCUGACCGGCGCCGGCAGUGUCUGUCUUGCUCCGGCUCCAGCUACUGUCGAGGCCACCGUAGUGACAAGACUGCGCAAUGCUGGUGCCAUCAUUCUUGGCAAGACCAAUGCGGACGAAUUCAGCGGUGCGCGAGGCAUCAAUGUGACUGGCGGCUGGAGCGCUCGUGGCGGGCAGACUUUUGGUGCGUAUGUCGAGCAUCAGAGCCCGUGUGGCAGCUCGGGUGGUAGUGGUGUAGCGGCGUCGCUCGGCCUCGCCGCGGCUGCUCUGGGCACGGAGACUGCCGGCAGCAUCACCUGCCCGGCCGCCUAUAACAAUGUUGUGGGAAUCAAGCCGACCGUGGGCACGACGUCACGUUACGGUGUCGUACCGGUCACACUUCGUCAGGACACGACCGGUCCCCUGGCUCCGAACAUCGCGGAUGCUGCUCUCAUCCUUGACGUCAUGGCUGGCGUCGAUCCUCUGGACAAUUACACCCUUGCGCAGCCGUGGGAUGGUCCGCCGAGCUUCAUGGCCGCCCUUCACACUUCUGCACUGCAUGGAAAGCGCCUUGGUGUUGUCUGGCUUGACUUCAACCCACUCUCCCCGUCCGAUUGGGUGAAUAAGAACGAGACCAAGACUGUCUUUGAUGCUAGUCGCCAGUAUCUCGAGGCUGCAGGUGCCGUGCUCGUCGAUGUGCCGUUGUCUUCAAGUUCCGUGCCAUUGGGCUCGCUCAUCAGCUGGGUCAGGGGCAACAUGAGCAUUUACGAGACGCCAGAUCUUCGGGACGGCCUGCAAGCAUACAUUGACACCAUCCCAGCCGAUAUCGGCACUGUGCACAGCCUCGAAACCCUCAUCGGCUGCAUUGAGAGCGAUCCCCGUGAGCGGGCCACCACGUACAGCUACGAGUCUCUCGUGGCAGCAGCCGAAAGUGAUGUUUCGGCUGGCAGCGAGGAGGUGUGGGAGGCGCACUUAGCGGCUUCAGGGUUGACGCGAAGCCUCGUAGUCGAACUGAUAGAAGAUAAUGAUGUCGACGCGCUAGUGUUGCUGUCAGAUCUGGCACUGGUGUUGGGUGCAGCGGCCGGUUUGCCUAUCGUCACUGUACCUAUGGGUUCGCUCGGAGCAGAUUCGCAAACGGAGUGGGACUCUACAAACACGACGAUACAGUCGGCACCAGGGAUCCCGUUGGGUUUGAGCUUUUUGGGAGACCGAUGGUCAGACGUGGAGCUUGUGAGCUACGGAUAUGCAUACGAGCAGGUCUCACAAAAGCGGUCGUUGCUCAAGCCGUACCUCCAGCCACGUAGCGAUCUUGCAUCUGUGCUGGGACAUGCAUGACCACUAUGGGGUUGCUGGCGAAAAGGAUGGCGUUGAGGAGAGGUAGCGCUGUGGCAAGCGACGCAAAUGAACAUAGAACCCCCCCCACGCGCGCACGUACAACUUAUAGACUAGUGCGAACCGUCAGCUUUACGUAUUUUUAUGGUUCCUCUGCCCGCCAA